AUUGGAUAAUAGAAUAAAUAAAUAAAUAAUUCUUUCAUCAUAGUCCAUUUUCGUUUGCUCAUGAUUCUUCUUCUUCUUAUUAUUAUUCAUUUACAAAAUUACCCAUGAGUUCCCCGUCUGGUAGUCAAGAUUUCUCAUCGUUGGAUAGUCGUGAACGUCAACGUCAGCGUAGUGUUAAUCAAGCAUUUGCAGCACUUCGAUGUGUAUUGCCUACCCAUCCACCGGAUAAAAAAUUGAGUAAACAUGAAAUUCUACGUCUUAGCAUAAAGUAUAUUCGAAUUUUAGAAGCUAUUUUAAAAUAUCAAGAAGAAGUUGAAGGACAUUCAUCUAUUUCAUCAAAUGGAUCACAUAGUGUCACAUUCUCUGCUUCUUCAUCCUCUUCGUCCUUCUCCUCCUGCUCAUUAUCGUCAUCUUUUACUAAAAAUAAACCUUCAAAUACUCCCCACAAGAGAACAUCUUAAUUAGUGAACUGAUUUUAGAAAGUGACUUGUUACAUAAAUGUCCAUUUUCCCGUAAUUUAUUCCUGUUCACAAACUUAUCGUCUGUCUUCAUAUUUGAUGAUUUCACUUACAUCAGCGUUGAUUGCGUUUUCAUAACAAUCUAUCAUCACUUACAAAACAAACGGAUCCUUUAUUCUCGUAAUAAUUCAUAUCUUCUGUUGUUCUUAUAUUUACAGUUUGCUGUAUGACCUGUUUGGGA